UUGCCUAAAGCAAUUCUCAUAUAUGGUUCCAGGUUCUUUAAACCGAUGUCGUUGUACUCAGACUCUCCGUCCGCUCGCGCUGCCCUGACSGCUGUCUUCAGCUUGUUUGUUACAGCUUGUGUCGUGGGAAACUUGUUGGUUAUUCUGGUUCUUCUCAGAGAAAAGUCCAGYCGAACUCCUAUGAACUUUCUUCUUGUAAACCUUGCGGUUGCCGACAUGCUCGUUGGGAUUUUCAUUGCACCAAGAUUCAUUUUCCUGGACACUUUUACCCACCCACAUGGAACACCGGGCACGUGGCUGUGCAAGAUAAUAACUGGCGGCAAUAUCACGUGGACAGGUGGCGCAUGCUCAGUGUUCACACUCGUCGCCAUUGCAUUUGAGCGAUACUACGCAAUAAUGWAUCCUUACAGCGACAGAGGAAAAAUGACUAUUAAAAAACUGAACAUGAUUAUAACRGCCUGCUGGUUGGGCGCCAUUGUGUUAAACAUCCCUCUAUACUUGACAAUAUAUUUCGAGGAGAAGAAGAACUUUUGUUUCGAGUACUGGCCACAGAAAUGGCUGCCAGUUGCAUACGCGUCGAUAUGGUGGACAGCAGCAGGGGUGUUCCCUAUUUUUUCCAUGAGCCUGCURUAUUCGAGAGUAAUUUAUCAUCUUUGGAGUCAAACAGAAGAGCACUCAUCUUCCACACAACUGGCUUUGCUCAGAUAUCGUAAAAAAGUYACAAAAAUGAUGGUGACAGUUAGUGUUAUGUAUGCGUUAUGCUGGAUUCCAAUUCUUACAACGUAUAUGCUCAGUUAUGCGCAUCCUAACUUUAACUACGGCGAUGUCACMCACAUCAGUUCAAUGGUUCUCACUUGCCUUAAUUCGACUGUUAACCCAUUUAUUUACACUUUUCAUAACAAAAGAUUCCGAAAAAUGCUUAAGAAAACCGUCUGUUGUGUUACWAACAGGAUWGAAAACCACAGCUCRACAGCACCARUUAGUAACAAUGGGAGACGCUCGCGAAUGCACGAGGAUGAAACUGUUCCUGAAAUAGAUUGUUCAUCUUGAUUGCAAGCAGCUUAUAGAUAUUCGUAUGAUAU